UAGCUCAAUAGAAGAAUAAAAAGGCACAAACUUCGCCGCCUUGUCCCAAGUAUGGAUUGUUCGACAUGCUUGUAAAUCUCGGUCAGUCGCCACACGAAAUCACUUCAAUCCACGCGAUCUGCUGUACUGUAAUUAUCACAGCUUCUGACAAGUAUUGUAUCUCGAUGUUCCACUUGACUUGAUCGAGCAUAUAAUAUAAAUACCUUGCAUCUGAGUUGACUUCUCUGUCUACUCGCUAUUGCAAUGUUCGUCGAGGUUCCUCUGUGCAUACUCGCCCUUGCUGCUUCUGCUUUCGCCUUGCCAACUGCGAGAGCAGGCGUUAUUCAAAGUCGACAAGCGAUCACCGCUCUUUCUACUGCUCAAAUCGAGUCUUACAAGCCGUACACGUUCUACGCGAGCACCGGAUACUGUUCUCCAAGCACGACGAUCAAUUGGUCUUGUGGUGCAAACUGCCAGGCGAAUCCCAGCUUUAUUCCUGUCGCGUCAGGGGGCGACGGCGACGGCGUGCAGUUCUGGUUUGUUGGCUACGACCCAACUUUGAAGAGUGUAAUAGUCUCUCAUCAAGGCACUGAUGCAUCAGAGAUUCUCUCCGUCAUCACGGACGCCGAGUUCGAACUUGAGGCAGUCGAUUCCACUUUAUUCCCCGGAGUCAGCUCAAGCGUAGAGGUUCAUGACGGGUUUGGAAAGGAACAGGCGCAGACUGCGACUGCUGUUUUAGCAGCUGUGCAACAAGCUAUGUCUGCUCAUUCUACUACAGCGGUCACUACCACAGGACACUCAUUAGGAGCCGCGAUUUCCCUUCUUGAUGCUCUCUAUCUCACCAUACAACUACCUUCCGCUUCCGUGAACUUCAUUGGAUAUGGUUUGCCUCGCGUCGGAAACCAAGCGUUCGCAAAUCUCAUUGACUCAAAAUUACCAAACCUAUCUCAUAUAAAUAACAAAGAAGAUCCAGUCCCAAUUUUGCCUGGUGAAUUCUUAGGGUUUGUUCAUCCAUCGGGCGAGAAGCAUAUCAUGGACGAUAAUUCGUGGGUUGCUUGUCCAGGGCAAGACAACGACAGUGACGAAUGUACCACAGGCGACGUACCGACUAUCUUCAGCGGAGACACCAGUGACCAUGAUGGCCCGUAUGAUGGUGUUGAGAUGGGGUGUUAAAAUAUUCUCAUACCGUAAGGGUUUCUGGCAGCAGGAUAGGAUAGGAUAGGAUAGUUAAAUUAUACUGGCGAGGUCCGAUUCCCGAACGACCAGUUUACCAUACUGUACAAUCUCUACUUAGAUUACAGUAUUGGAACACACAUUUCUAAUACGGGGGGGCGAUAAUGCCACUCUCAC